UGGCUACCCUACGGUUGGGAUAAAGUAACAAAUUCCAGUCUUCUCCAGAAAGAGAUAAACCCUAUUGCAGCAAAAUAACGGCCCAUAUGGAUCCGUAAACGGGUCAUCCCGAUAAAUAGGCACCACGUUAACAAAUGGAUUGUCUUUCUCUAUUUGGGCCUUGCAUUUUGGGGCCGGUUGGCCCACUAGUUCCGGCCAUUCCCUCUUGUAUCCAUACUUUGUCCCUAUUCACAGCUAAUGUUGAGUUCAUUGUGGUUGUAAAGAAAAGCACGCGCUCACAAACCCUUUCUCCCCGACCCAUUCCCCUGAAAAUGGCCGGCGGAGAUUCCACGGCGGUGGAAGGUGGCCUCACCGCCGCGCCCCUCCUUCUAAUCCGAGACAUUGUCCGAAUAUCUGGUGCCGGCUUCUCGGGGAUUUUCAAGAAGGAUUGUGUGGACUUGGGUCGCAGAGUCUCACUCUUGGCCCAUUUGCUCGAGGAAAUUAGGGAUUCCGAUAAAGCCAAAGAAAAUGGCGAGGCUGGGUCUUCCUCUUUAUACCGUGCUUGCUUUUCUGACCUCACAAUGGCUCUUCAGGCUGCGAAAAGGCUCAUUUUUGCUGCUAACAACUUCGACGAUUCCAAGAUUUCAUCUGAUGGUGCCACAGAAAAUUUUUUCUGUCAAUUUCAAUGUGUGACAUGGUAUUUGGAAAAGACAUUGGCUAACUUACCAUACAAUGAUUUUGACAUAUCGGAAGAAGUACAAGAACAGAUUGAACUAAUGAUGGCUCAAUUGAGACGGGCCACUGAAAGAUACGGUGAGCCAUUAAAUUCAACCUUAUUACGCCAGGCCCUAUUGCAGCUGUUGGAUAAAGAGGCCAGCAGUAUACAAAUGAAUAAUAUUGGGAUCGUUGAUCUUAAAACUGGACAAAAAAUGGAAGGUCUUGUUGAAGCAAAUGGUUUGGAGAACGAUGAGUUGAUCGAGGACAAUGAAAGUUUGAGCAAGUCUUUGAAAUCAUGUGAGAUUGGUGCCUCUAAGGAUUCCGAUAGUGAGUUGAUUGAGAGCUCGGUUUGCAAAAGUGAAGAAGAAAACAAGAAAUUAGAUUCACCCAUAAUUCCUGUCGAUUUCUUGUGUCCUAUAUCUCUUGAGAUUAUGAAGGAUCCAGUGAUUGUGGCCACAGGGCAGACCUAUGAGCGAGCCUACAUACAACGAUGGAUCGACAGCGGCCGCAAAACGUGCCCCAAAACCCAACAAAAACUCGACCACCUCACCCUCACCCCUAACCUUAUCCUCCGAACCCUAAUCAUCCACUGGCGCUCGAAAAACGACCCCAACCACAUCGAACCCACCGGCGACCCAUCUGCCUUCUCAACCCUCAUCCGUCGCCUCUCGUCCCCCUCCCCCUCCGAACGCCACUCCGCCGUAGCCGAGAUCCGCUCCCUCACGCGCCGCAGCACGGACAAUCGCAUUCUCCUCGCCCACGCCGGCGCCAUCCCGUUCCUCGUCGCCAUGCUCUCGUCCUCCGACGACCCCAUCAUUCAAAACAACGCCGUGGCCUCGAUCCUCAACCUCUCGAUUCACGACGACAACAAGGAGCCAGUCAUGCUCGCCGGCGCCGUCCCGCCGCUCGUGCGCGUGCUCCGUAGCGCCGCCGUCGCAGGGCUCGAGGCCCGGGAGAACGCGGCCGCGGCUCUGUUCUGCCUCUCGCUCGUAAACGAGAACCGCGUCGUGAUCGGGGCGUCGGGGGCUAUACCGCCGCUCGUGGAGUUGCUCAGGGAAGGGAGCCCGCGGGGCAGGAAGGACGCUGCCGCGGCGCUGUUUAAUCUAUGCGAAUAUCGCGGGAAUAAGGGGCGGGCCGUGCGGGCUGGGAUCGUGGAGGUGAUUUUGGUUAUGUUAGAUAGCCCUGGAGGGGGAAUGUUGGUGGAUGGGGCGCUUGCGAUUUUGUUGGGCCUUGCGGGCCAUAGUGGGGCCCGGGAAGCGAUUGUGGGGGGANGGAAGGCGGGGUGGUUGCUGGAGGGGAUCGGGGGAGGGAGGCAGGUUUGACUUUGACUUUUUAUUUAUUUUUUGUUUUUGAAUUGAUGGGGGGAUUAUAACUGGUGGGGUACACGAGUUUUAUGUGUGUGUGUGUGUGGAGAAGG